CUGUCAUGGCCUAGUCGACUUUGUUUCGUCGACUUUUCUUCGGAUUUCGUCAGCCACGCGAACAUUUUAAAAUAAUUUGCCGGGUGGCAAAAAACUUAUUAACCAUACGGUUUCAUAGUUUUAAAUGAAAAACAUUCUUACGUUAGUGUUUAACUAUAGUGCUCUUAGAAAACAUCUGCCACCAAUCUUUAGCCAGUUCAGAUUUUCACAUUCAGAUAAUCUUCCGCAGUGGGGAAGUAACAAAACUCAUCGAAAAAUCAAAAUCCCUAAUCCACAUCGGGAGAUAAUUAUGGCUGACCCUAAGAUUGAAGAAAUCCUCGCCCCGCUGCGUGCCUGUGUAAAGGAACAAGGUGAUUUAGUGAGAAAACUUAAAGAAGAAAAAGCUCCCGAAAUUGAUAUAAAAAAAGCUGUUGCUGAAUUAAAAAAUAGGAAAAAGAUAUUAGAGGAUAAAGAGUUGAGCUUAUCGCCAGCAGAAGAAUUAUUCGACCGUUCGAAAAUGGAAGACCUUAUCAAAAGAAGAUUCUUCUAUGAUCAAUCGUUUGCUAUCUAUGGUGGCAUUACAGGUCAGUUUGAUUUCGGGCCGAUGGGCUGUGCGCUCAAAAGCAAUAUGAUUCAGUUGUGGAGGAAAUAUUUUAUUCUUCAAGAACAGAUGUUAGAAGUUGACUGUUCUAUAUUAACUCCCGAGCCUGUACUUAAAGCUUCUGGGCACGUUGAGAGGUUUGCUGACCUCAUGACUAAGGAUAUCAAAACAGGAGAAUGCUUCAGGUUAGACCAUCUUAUCAAAGCUCAUUUGGAGAAAAUUAAAAGUGAGAAGAACACUGCAGCAGAGCUCAAGGCAGAAAUAGAAGAUAUUCUUGUUAAGCUAGAUGGUAUGAAUGCUGAUGAAAUGUCAGCUCUCAUGAAGAGGUUUGACAUGAAAUCCCCCAUAAGUGGCAAUGAGCUGACUGCUCCCAUUGAGUUCAACCUCAUGUUUAACACACAGAUUGGUCCUUCUGGUCUUGUGAAAGGCUUCCUUAGACCAGAGACAGCACAAGGCAUUUUCGUAAACUUCAAACGUCUCCUCGAAUUUAACCAAGGCAGACUUCCAUUUGCUGCAGCUCAAAUUGGCAACUCCUUCAGAAAUGAAAUCUCUCCAAGAUCUGGACUUCUGAGAGUUAGAGAGUUCACCAUGUGCGAAAUAGAACAUUUCUGUGAUACUAAGGACCAUCCUAAAUUUGAGUCUAUUAAGGAUACUCAAAUGCUAUUCUACUCUGCAGACAGUCAGGAACAAGGAAGACCAGCUGAAAUUUUAACUAUAGGAGAAGCUGUGGCAAGAGGCACUGUCAACAAUGAGACCUUGGGGUACUUUAUGGCAAGGAUUCAUUUGUAUAUGUUAGCUGUUGGCAUUGACCCUAAGAAACUCAGAUUUAGGCAACACAUGGGUAAUGAAAUGGCUCAUUAUGCCUGUGAUUGUUGGGAUGCAGAAUGUCUAUCUAGUUAUGGCUGGGUGGAGUGUGUGGGUUGUGCUGAUAGAUCUGCAUAUGAUCUCACUCAACACACUAAAGCAACUGGUACAAGACUUGCUGCUGAGAAAAAACUGCCAGCUCCAAAGCAGAUUGAAGUUGUAGAAGCAAUACCUAACAAGGCUGCAAUUGGAAAGGAAUUCAAGAAAGAUGCUAAAGUCAUUAACGAUGCACUCGCAUCAAUGGAUUCCACAGCUUUAGAACAACUCCAAGAAAAAUUAGAAAAUGAUGGAGAGUUCGCACUUAACACUCCAAAUGGUGAUUUCAAACUCACUCCAAAACUUGUGAGUGUCAAGAAGACUCAGAAGACAAUUCAUGUUGAAGAAAUCAUACCAAGUGUUAUUGAACCAUCGUUUGGUGUUGGAAGAAUUCUCUAUUGUAUCUUGGAACAUAACUUCAAGAUGAGGGAAGGGGAUGAGCAGAGAACGUACUUCUCAUUACCGGCUACUGUUGCACCUAUGAAGUGUGCUGUAUUGCCUUUGAGUGGAAAUGUGGAGUUCCAGCCAUUUGUUAGAGAAUUGUCACAAGAACUUACCAAUGUAGAUGUGUCACACAAAGUAGAUGAUUCAUCUGGCUCAAUUGGUAGGAGAUAUGCUAGAACAGAUGAGCUUGGAGUGCCUUAUGCUAUUACUGUAGAUUUUGAUACCAUGAAGGAACCUCAUACAGUAACUCUAAGAGAAAGAGAUAGUAUGGGUCAGAUUCGACUACCUUUGCAAGAAGUACCAACUGUAGUAAGAGAUCUUGCGAAUAGUAAAAUAUCAUGGGCUGAUGCGGAGGCAAAGUACCCCAAGUUUGAACAACAAGAAAAUGUGAAAGGUGUAGCAGCAUAAAAUGUAAUGAUGUACAUCAAGCAUAAAAAAUUAUAUUAUUGUACCUAUUUAUUAAUUACUUAGCUUUUAAGCUUUUGCAAAAUGGAAAUAAAAAUGCUUAAAUUAUAA